AUUUCGGAAAGUGUCUAUCGGUGUCUUGAAGUUCCACACCUGUAGGAGCUGGCCCAGUUUCGUUUCGACUUUUGGAUCCGCCGGUUUUUUUUUUGGUUCGGGUUGUUCCGUUACGGCCCUCGGGGGAGAAAAAGCCCCAUUGAUCGGAAUAGUUUCAAUUGGUGAUUAUUUUAAACCUCUCAGGGAUUAGUGGGCGUGUUGUGACAUCAGUGCUGCCCAACCAUGGCUAAAGGUGAAGGAAAAGGUUCAAAUGUGGCCAAACUGGCCAAUCAAAUUGCCGCCAUCAAGUACACGUUGUUCUGUUUCAACAUUGUGGCAUGGAUUCUUGGAGCGGGACUGUUUGCCUUCACGAUCUACAUCCGUGCCGAGCCCGGUUUCGACGAAUGGAUCCGGCUGCUGGACAUCUACGAGUACUAUAUCGGCGUUUACAUCCUGAUCGGUGCGGGGGCGUUGGUCAUGAUUUUCUCCUUCCUUGGAUGCUGUAGCGCCCUCAUGGAACAUUCGGUGGCCCUCUAUGGGUUCAUCGCUUCGCAAAUUUUCCUCUUUCUGGUGACCGUCGUUGGGUCGGCCAUCAUUUUGGACUUUUCCACGGUUAAUUCCAGUAUCGAGCCGCUGAUCCGCCAAACGAUGCUGCGCUUCAUCGCUACCUCGGAACACCCACACUCGUCCGCUUCUCUGAAGCUGAUCCAAGAAAGUAUCGGAUGCUGCGGGGCAGAUGGCCCGAAUGACUAUAUGGUCCUCCGACAGCCACUGCCCAUCGAGUGCCGAGACACCGUCACCGGAAACGCUUUCUUCCAUGGCUGCGUCAACGAGCUGACCUGGUUCCUGGAGGACAAAUCCGUCUGGGCCGCCGUCAUGGCCAUGAUCCUUGGUGCCAUCCACACUGCCAACACAGUUCUUGGAAUCGUUCUGGUUCAGGCCCUUAAACGUGAAGAAGAAGCCACGUAUAGACGUUAAACGGAAACAAAUGCUCUUCGGAGAAGUUUUAACAUCUUUUCAACAGUUUCCCUGUAUUUGAUACCUGUGGGCUCAUGAAUUCCACCCAUAAAAUUUUUCAAUCGAUGACAGUUUUCCCUCUUUAGAGUUAAGAACUAUUAAGACAAUUCGUUAUACGUAAGCUAGCAUUGUAAGUUCCUAGGAAAAGCUUCACUGAAAUAAUAGCAUUAGGAAAG